GGUCAAGAAGUUGGGAAGAAAAAGGACAACAGAGAGGUGUGGAAAGGAGAAGAAAACUCUCUACCUUGAUAGAUUCAAUUUCCCACUACCUCUUUGGAGUGUUUGAUCUUCCUGAAGUACAUUUUAUGGUUUUAGUGAUCAGCAGGAUUUGGACACUUUUCUUCCCAGCUUUCUCUUUCACUUUGAAAAAUACGGUCUGGUUGAAUGUUUCCUCAAAUUACUUUGAGAUUCCUGUCAUCAUAAGGAAUUGCAGCACUAGGAUCAUGCCCUUCAAAUAGGGCAAUUCUCCGAUAUGUUCCCUUUUCCUUAUCAAGAUACCUCCCUUCCAUAGCCAAAAUGGCUGAUUCAUCUUCAUAAACUCAUUGUUCAUAGCUUGGAAGAUUCGAAUUUUUGACAUCUCCUUCCUUUUUCUUUCUCAGUUUCUUGCAAUUCGUACAGUGUACGGAGAUGAUCUGUAAAACCCGUCUUCUCCUCUUCUUAGCUCUCUCCAUUCUCCCCAUGUACGUCAUCGCUCACAGCUCAAACAAGUGCCACCAAGAAUGCGGCCACAACAAAACAGUCAAACACCGUCUUUUCCCUUUCAUCGGAACCUCCUCCGCCUGCCAAAUCCGUCUGAACUGCAGCACAGACGGUGACAUCAUGGUGGGUGAAUUUCCAGUCCGGAGCAUAUUCGCCGAAAGCAUACUGGUCAACCUGGAGGUGAGAUGCAACCGCUCGAUCAAAUCCUUGGACCAUCUCUUCAACACAAAUUACGCCCCAACUACGCGUAAUGGAAUUUUACUGAAACACUGCAAAUCACCAGCGUCAACAUGCACGAUCCCAACAACUAAGGUAAACACUCACUUUGAGUCGAUAGAUUGUGGUUCAGACAACUAUAGCAUAAGCUGUUAUUCUGAGGAACACGAAAAUGGUUUCCUCAGUCAAGCUAACGUGAGUAAAAGCCACUGUCAAUAUCUUUUGUCGUCCAUAUCCGUCGACGCCUUCAAUACAUCGUCGGUUGUGUUGGAUGUUGGGAUUGUUCAAUUGGGAUGGUGGCUUUUGGGUGAAUGCAAAUGUCACCAGGAAGCCACAUGUACUGAAAUCCAGACCCCGGUCGCCGGCCAGCAAGGUUUUCGGUGCAAGUGCAGGGAUGGAUUCGAUGGUGAUGGUUACCAGGCCGGAGUGGGCUGCCGGAAAGCCUCUUCUGGGUGCAAUCCUUCUAGAUACAUUUCUGGCCAAUGUGGAGGUCCCAGCAGAUUUUUUGUUUUAGCUGGAGGGAUUGCUCUGAUGAUCAGUAUCAGUGCAAUAUGCUGUUUUAUGCGAAGAUGCUCGACUUCGAAAGCUAGAAACAGCACAAGGCGGCGUCUAUCUGAAGCUACGGGAAAAUGCAGCAUUCCUAUCUACCCCUACAGAGCAAUUGAGAAAGCCACGAGUAGUUUCUCUGAGAAACAAAGACUGGGAACUGGGGCCUAUGGGACAGUUUACUCAGGAAAACUCCAUAACCAGUGGGUUGCCAUUAAAAGGAUCAAACACAGAGAUACUGGCAGUAUUGAGGAAGUGUUGAAUGAGAUCAAGCUCAUUUCUUCAGUGAGCCACCCGAAUCUAGUCCGCCUCCUAGGGUGCUCCAUAGAAAAAGGUGAACAGAUACUUGUCUAUGAAUUCAUGGCCAACGGAACAUUGUCUCAGCAUUUACAAAGAGAGAGAGGCAAUGGGCUUGUCUGGGCAGUUCGCCUGAGCAUUGCCACUCAAACCGCUCAAGCCAUAGCUCAUCUCCACUCUGCUCUCAACCCUCCCAUAUAUCACAGAGAUAUCAAGUCUAGCAACAUACUCUUAGAUCACAACUUCAUCCCUAAGCUUGCAGAUUUUGGUCUUUCAAGACUUGGUAUGGCUGAAUCCUCCCACAUCUCAACCGCCCCUCAGGGAACUCCUGGGUACCUUGAUCCUCAGUACCAUCAGAACUUCCAUCUCUCGGAUAAAAGUGAUGUUUAUAGCUUUGGAGUAGUUCUUGUGGAGAUAAUAACAGCAUUAAAAGUGGUGGACUUUUCUCGGCCUCAGAAUGAGGUGAAUCUGGCUGCGCUCGCUAUUGACAGGAUUGGUAAGGGGCGUUUAGAUGAGAUAAUAGAUCCAUUCCUAGAGCCCCACAGGGAUGCUUGGAGCCUUUCUUCUCUGCACAAGGUGGCGGAACUGGCAUUCAGAUGCCUUGCAUUUCACAGGGACAUGAGACCUUCUAUGAUGGAAGUGGCAGCUGAGCUUGAGCAAAUUAAACUUUGUAAAUGGGCAACUUCGGAGGACAACAUAUGCACAGCUUCAUCAGAGACAUCCUCCUGCUCUUCCUCAUCUAAUGUAAGCGAGAUACCGCUUAGCAUGACAGUUGAAAAAGGUGGAUUGGGUAGCGAAGGUCUAUUUGUGCUUCCUACUAAGGUGACUAGUAUGAAUUCAUUGGGCAGAUUGAAGGAUACUUCACCUGUUUCAGUGCAGGAUCCCUGGUUAAGCGGACAGAGUUCACCCUCAUCCAACAGUUUGCUGAGUAAUAUAAUUCAGCGACAUGCAUAAAAACUACUCUUAUAACUUCAACCUCGUCCUGUAAAUAUAUACCAUCAAGGUAGAUUAAUUUACAGUACAGUUUUGCAUGCCUGUGGAUCCAUUCGUUUGUUUCUAUGUUUGUUUUCUAUUUUUCCUAGUACUGAUCCUUUAGUACUAUGGUGCACAAAUGGCUGUCAUUUAAUGGGCUUGAAUGCGCCAACAGAUCAUUCAAAUGAUUAACAGAGAUGUGGACA